CAUCGAGAUUGUGUUGGGCGGGCUUGUACUCGUCAACUCGCUGUUAGUCUGCUACAAAGCAGCCGCGAUAAUGGUUGUAUGGUUGCAAUAGGAGUGGCUGUUGAAAAGUGCGCGAAGUCGUAGAAGUUAAAUAGACGGACAGCGGUUUCGUAGACAGUAACUAUUCUGACUCGAAGACUUCAAAAUGCCGGCAUAGUGGAACAGAGCGUCUUACUUUUCAAAGGAUCUAGAGGAAUAAACAAAGGAAUUGUGGAAAUAGGAAUGAUCAUGAAUGUUUAAUCCAGAAUGAGCUGUUCACCAUCAUUCCAUUGCUCACCUUGAAGCUCAAGUGUGAGAAGAAAGCAUAUUGAAGUGUGUUCCUGAACGUGAUGUCUGAUUCCCCGUUGGAAGUACAUCGGAGGCGCUGGUGGUCAAGACCAUAUUACAGCAACACUUGACCUUGCAACAGUGACGAGAAUAUUGGAAGCAGCCGAGGUCAAUCAAGGUCAUGCCAGCUGCUAGGGUUCAUACCCUACCGAAUGAAACAGAGUCGUCUUCAAAGCCGGAAUGUAGUAACAAUGCAGGAACUCCAUACCAACGAUUGCUUCAUUCUCUUCACCACGACCAACGAUGGCUGACAGAAGUAAAUCUUGGCAAGCGAGUUGGCUUCUAUCGUUUUCGAGGGGAACUAGGCAGUGGCAAUUUUUCGCAGGUGAAGAUGGCGGUACAUCAGCUCACAAAAGAACGUGUUGCUGUCAAGAUACUGGACAAAGCUAAACUGGACCAAAAGACCCGGAGAAUGCUUGCCAGAGAGAUAGCAACUAUGGAAUCUAUACAUCAUCGUAACAUAAUCAGGUUGUAUGAGGUGGUAGAAACAUACAGUAAAAUACACCUCGUUAUGGAAUAUGCAUCUGGUGGUGAGCUGUUCAACAAGAUAACAACAGCAGGAAAGAUUGCUGAGAAUGAAGCUAAAAACUUGUUUGCUCAAGUGAUCUCUGCAGUUGAGUUCAUGCAUGACCAUGACUUUAUUCAUCGAGACAUCAAAGCUGAGAAUGUUUUUUGUGCUGGGCCAGGAUUGGUAAAGCUUGGUGACUUUGGAUUUAGCACACAACUUAUCGAUGGUAGUGGACAGCAGUUGAAUACAUUCUGUGGCUCCCCGCCAUAUGCAGCACCUGAAUUGUUCAGGGAUGAGAGCUACUUGGGGGCACCUGUAGAUAUUUGGGCUCUUGGUGUGCUCCUGUAUUUUAUGGUCACAGCACAGAUGCCAUUCAAGGCCCAAACUGUUGCAACGCUUAAGAAACAUAUACUAGAAGGGGUGUUCUCUAUCCCUGGAUAUGUUUCCUUUCAGUGCAGGAAAGUAAUCGAAGGGAUUCUGAAGAAAGUACCCCAGGAACGGCUAAGUCUUCAGGAGAUUCGUAACUCAGAUUGGUUGAAAGGUGUUACUUUCCCUGUAACUCCAGGAGUUUCGGAAAGUUAUAGCUUAUCACCAACCUUCCAUAAACCAACUUCUACAACACCUGAGAAACAUUCUGAAAAUGUGUCAGGGAAGACAGAUAGCCCAGAAAGAGUACCUGUUAGUGAAGGAAACAAAGAAAGUUUGCAAUGUGAGAGUGACAUGACAGUGAAGGAAAAUAGUAUAGACAACCAGAGUUCAGUAGAGGGGUCAUUAACUGUACAGACAGACUUAAUCAACAGGAAGCAAAGUUAUAGUGGGUCUGAGAAGAGAGAAAAUGAGAUUGUUGCUACUGAAAUGUUGGCCAGAAAGAAGUUAUUAGAUUUUGGUAUAACAAGUGCCAUGCUUGAAGAACAUUCUAGUCGGGGAGCAAGAAGUGCCAUUAUAGGAACAUACAGAAUUGUAAUACAUCGAAUACAACGCCAAGGUCAUGUGGAUGUAGAUACUGCUUCUGUAGAUGAUGUAGAUGGAUUGCCAUCUGCUGUUCCUAGUAGAAGCACAUCAGCAAAUCAUUUUUUCCUUCCACCAUUUGGCAGAAGAAGCAAAUCAGCAGCAGUUAAAUCGAAGGGGCAUAAACCAGAUAAAAACAACAGGUCACGCACUUGUAUCCUCCUGUGAUAAAGUUUCAAGUGAAUGAUGUCCUUAAAUUUCCUGAUGCAGCCAAAAAAUGACCAUUUGUAUGGUUCAUGUUUGCACUUCAGAAAAUUUGAUAUCUAUGUAUAAUUAUCUACUUGCAUAGUUCCUCCUCCCUUAAUUUAGAGGUUGAAAAUGAAGUUCUUUCAUUACAUAUGUUCCUAGCCAUUAUUUUACUACUAGAACUGCUUGAUGUGGACCCUUCCAUUUCGAAUUAUUAGUGACAAAACGAAAGUUGUUAAAACAUUUUCUAGCCAUGAAGGCACAAGAAUUAUUUUGGUGUUCAUUAGUGUACAGUAAUUUUAGUUGAUCGGCACAUCUACUCAUUAUUCAGUCCACAUUUAUUUGGCAUCAGAUUAAAACGAAAUGAUGAUGAUCUGUGUAUGCCACAUCAUGAGUUACAGAAUCCAUACUGGUCUCAGAAGAAGCACCAUGAUUUUCAUGAUGUGUAAAUAUCUUGCAUAUUUUAAUAUGCCAGCUGCUAAAAUUUUACAUUUUGGCUACAUCUAUAUUAAUGUUAAUGCAAGAAAGGUUAAGAAUCUUUUUUAGGGAAACUAUAGAAAUGUGUUAUAUUUGUUAUAAAUACCAAGUGAUCAGAAAGAACAAAGAAUUUAAGGUAAAUAUAAACAAUAGACAGACAUGUCUCCAUAAUAUUGAUGAAGUACUUGUAACCUGAGAGAUGUACAAGUAUUACAUAUGAUUGUUGAUCUUUUUUUCUGUAUUUCAUUCACACAUUGUUUUAUACAAAUGUGAAACAGGGUCAAAACAUAGUUUUUAUAUUUAUUCAACCAUUGGCUGUUUAGUUAAUCUUAUAAUCACAUUUGUUUUUAAAAGUGUAACAGGAUUAUUUUACAAACAAACAAAAUGAUAUUAUUCUGAAGUAUAUUUUAAUGUUAGCUUUCCUACCAGCUAAAACUGUGACAUUUUAUUUUGUAUAUAUUUUAUUUAUUUAAAAUAAUAAUUUAAAACCCCAGAUACCUCAUGUUGCUUAGGAUAUCACUAACUAUUGAACUUUAGACCACUGACUGAUUUGAAAUAAUAAUUUCCAUUUUAUAUGUGAAACAAAAAAUCUGUUAAUUGGGUAUGCAAAUUCUUUGUCAUUCUUCAACUUUCAUUUAACUCAUAAUUCAACGAAUGUGAUGUAUAUUAAAAUUACAGAUCUGUUUACAAGGACAAUAUGCUGUCACAAAUUUUCAGUGAGUGAAUAAAAAUGGUUUUCAGCCCAGAAAGAACCUGAUGUUUUCACAGCGGUCAUGGUUCAUAUUGUUGUCUUCUGGGUUAGGACAUUGUAUAGUGUGGUAGGUGGUCAUAGAUGUUUCAGAAGGGCAUAAUUCUUCCAUAUUCCAUCCCAAAGUUGGAGACAGGAUAUUCUUUUGAAAUACUGGUAACCACAUACCAGGCUA